AUGCGCCUCGCCUCCCCACUCCGCGUUUCUUUGCCCUCCUCGGAGCUCGCGCCUUCUCUCCCUUGCGAGCCGCCGUACAGCCGUCCGGAUGGGAGGGGAAGGCGGAGGCUGGGUGUGUGCGCCUGCGUGCGUGCGUGCGUGCGUGUGUCAGUCAGUCAGUGUGGGGCUGUGUGUGUGUCUGUAGCUGUGUGUGGGUCCGUCGGUCGGUCGGGGCGGGGCGGGGCGGGGCGAGGGAGGGGGCAGCGCGCGCCGCCCGCCCGUCCGCCCGCCCGCCCGCCUGUCGUGGUUUCCUGGCUGCGCGCGCGCGGCGGCGGCGGCGGCGGCGGCGGAGCCGGAGCAGGAGCCGCGGCAGGAGCCGCAGCAGCGAAGAUGGCGGAGGGGCUGGAGCGCGUCCGGGUCUCGGCGGCCGAGCUGCGGGGGAUCCUGGCCACCCUGGCCCCGCAGGCGGGCGCCCGAGAAAACAUGAAGGAGUUGAAGGAGCCCAGGCAGCGUAAAGAUAACAGGCGCCCAGAUCUGGAAAUCUAUAAGCCUGGUCUUUCCCGACUGAGGAACAAACCUAAAGUCAAGGAGCCUUCAGGUAGUGAGGAAUUCAGGGAUGAAGUUGCCAAUGACAGAGAUACCUCUGCUCUGGAAAAUGGUACACAGGUCAUUAAAGAUCUCUGCAAGGUGACUGACAGCCAACAGCAAAAUGGCCCUGCAGAUACAGAAAAGAAAGAACCCUUCCAGGGACAGGAAUCUUUUCCUAAAACCUCCGGCCAAGAUGAUCGGGGUCUCAGAAUUAUUAAGAGAACAAAGAAACCUGAUUUACAGAUCUAUCAACCUGGAAGACGCUUACAGACUAUUGCUAGAGACCUGGCUGGCCGAGUAGAAGAGGCUGAGGUUCUCAGUCAGGUAGAGCAGCUCAGAGUUGAGGACAAUGAGCCUGAAAAGGACCCAAGGAAAGAUGGUGCCAAGGCCAAGUCCACCAGAGAUGAGGCUGACAAGAACCAGAGGGCCAUCAGGGGAGACAGGGGGAAGAGGACUGAAAAGGGGGAAGGGACAAAGAAAGUCAGCGAUGAUGGGCUCCAGGGCAAGCCCGGCUCAGCCAAGCGUUACUCACGGUCCGACAAGCGCAGGAAUCGCUAUCGCACUUGUAGCACCAGCUCGGCGGGGAGCAAUAACAGUGCUGAGGGGUCAGGGCUGGCUGAUGGUGGAGGGAGGCGCCGUCGUCAGGAUCGAGCCAAGGAGAGGCCUCGUCUCAAGAAACAGGUGUCUAUGUCUUCCACUGACUCCCUGGAUGAAGACAGAAUGGAUGAGCCUGACCGCCUGGGGCCCCGGAGGAGCUCGGAGAGGAGGAAACCUUUGGACAGAAGUUGGGCUUGUCAUGGGGAGGGUGAGCGGAGAAGCGAAGGGAAGGAGAACAGAGGUGGCCUUCGAGUCACCUUUGAUGCGGAGACCAUGAACAAGGAUGUGCCCAUGGCAAGACUAAGUAAGGAUGAUAUGGAGAGAGCCAAAGCUGAGCAGGGCUCAGGCAGCAUGAACAGGGCUCCGGAAAAGCAAGAGUCCAAAACAAACCAGGAACUGCGGGGCCGUGGCCGUGGCAUUCUGAUCUUGCCUGCCCACACAGCACUUUCAGUCAGUACGACAGGAUCGCCAGAAUCCACACUUUUGGGAUCAAAGCUUCUCUUUGGGGCUGGUGGUAAGGGGUCCCGGAGUCGGGGCCGAGGAGGCACUUCCCGGCGGCUGUGGGACCCAAACAAUCCUGACCAGAAACCUGCUCUCAAGAGCCAGACCCCUCAGCUUCACUUCCUGGAUACUGAUGAUGAAGUCAGCCCCACGUCUUGGGGGGACUCACGCCAGGCUCAGGCGUCUUACUAUAAGUUCCAAAACUCUGAUAACCCUUACUAUUAUCCCAGGACACCGGGCCCUGGACCUCAGUAUCCCUACACGGGCUAUGGCCCACUGCAGUAUCCCCUGGGCCCUACAAAUGGCGUGUAUCCUGGGGCUUACUACUCUGGCUACCCUGCUCCAUCUGGGCAGUAUGUCUGUGGCCCUCUCCCUGCCAGCUCCUUGAGUACGGAAGAGAUGGAGCAGCAGGUGAGGGACCUGCAGCAUCAAGAGCUCCAUCGGCUUCUAAGAGUGGCUGACAACCAGGAGUUGCAGCUCAGUAACCUGCUCUCCAGAGACCGGAUCAGCCCUGAGGGCUUGGAAAAGAUGGCCCAGCUCAGAGCGGAGCUGGUACAACUUUAUGAGCGUUGCCUCCUAUUGGACAUUGAGUUCUCUGAUCACCAGAAUGUGGACCAGAUCCUGUGGAAGAGUGCUUUCUACCAGGUCAUUGAGAAGUUCAGACAGCUGCUUAAGGAUCCAAAUGCUGAGAACCCAGAGCAGAUUCGGAAUAGGCUGCUGGAACUCCUGGAUGAGGGCACCGUCUUCUUUGAUAGUCUGCUUCAGAAACUGCAGGUUACGUACCAGUUUAAGCUGGAGGACUACAUGGAUGGUUUGGCCAUUCGUAGCAAACCACUAAGGAAAAUGGUGAAGUAUGCCUUAAUCAGUGCCCAGCGGUGUAUGAUUUGCCAAGGAGACAUUUCCAGGUACCGGGAACAAGCCAAUGACACAACAAACUAUGGGAAAGCACGAAGCUGGUACUUGAAGGCUCAGCACAUUGCUCCCAAGAAUGGCCGUCCUUAUAAUCAGUUGGCGUUGUUAGCAGUGUAUACGAGGAGGAAGCUCGAUGCUGUAUACUAUUACAUGCGCAGUUUAGCUGCCAGCAACCCUAUCCUUACAGCGAAGGAGAGCCUCAUGAGCUUGUUUGAAGAGACCAAGCGAAAGGCUGAGCAGAUGGAGAAAAAGCAGCAAGAAGAGCUGGAGCUAAGUCCUAACCGAUGGAGGAAAGGCAGGAGAUCCACUUUCCGGCAUGUUGCUGAUGACACAACCCGCCUGGAGAUUUGGAUCCACCCUUCCCACUCCCGAUCUUCCCAGGGCACAGAGUCAGGGAAGGACUCCGAGCAGGAGAAUGGCCUUGGCAGCUUAAGCCCCAGCGAUCUGAAUAAAAGGUUCAUCCUCAGUUUUCUCCAUGCCCAUGGGAAGCUGUUUACCCGGAUUGGGAUGGAGACAUUCCCUGCUGUGGCUGAAAAGGUCCUGAAGGAGUUCCAAGUGUUGCUGCAGCAUAGCCCCUCUCCUAUUGGAAGCACCCGCAUGCUACAGCUUAUGACUAUCAACAUGUUUGCUGUACACAACUCCCAGCUCAAAGAUUGUUUCUCAGAGGAAUGCCGUUCUGUGAUCCAGGAACAAGCUACAGCUCUGGGAUUGGCCAUGUUCUCCCUGCUGGUGAGGCGCUGCACCUACUUGCUAAAAGAAUCUGCCAAAGCUCACCUAUCUUCCCCUGAGGACGAGGAAGACCAGGAUGAUAUCAAAGUGUCAGCCUUCCUCCCAGACCUGAAAGAGCUACUGCCCAGUGUGAAAGUUUGGUCAGACUGGAUGCUCGGUUAUCCGGAUACCUGGAACCCUCCACCUACAUCUCUUGAUCUGCCCACACAGGUCGCCAUGGACGUGUGGGCGACACUAGCCGAUUUCUGUAACAUACUGACAGCGGUGAAUCAGUCGGAGGUACCAUUGUACAAGGACCCGGACGAUGACCUCACCCUUCUUAUCCUGGAAGAGGAUCGGCUCCUCUCGGGCUUCGUCCCCCUGCUGGCUGCCCCCCAAGACCCCUGCUACGUGGAGAAAACCUCGGACAAGGUUAUUGCAGCCGACUGCAAGAGGGUCACAGUGCUAAAGUAUUUCCUGGAAGCCCUUUGUGGACAAGAAGAGCCUCUGCUGGCAUUCAAGGGUGGAAAAUAUGUGUCAGUGGCGCCCGUCCCAGACACCAUGGGAAAGGAAAUGGGAAGCCAAGAGGGAAAACAACUGGAAGAUCAGGAGGAGGACGUGGUCAUUGAAGAUUUUGAGGAAGAUUCUGAGGCCGAAGGCAGUGGGGGCGAGUAUGACAUCAGGGAGCUCCGGGCCAAGAAGAUGGCUCUAGCCAGGAAGAUAGCCGAGCAGCAACGUCGCCAAGAAAAGAUUCAGGCCGUCCUGGAGGACCAGACUCAGAUGCGGCAGAUGGAGCUCGAGAUCAGACCCCUGUUCCUCGUACCGGACACCAACGGCUUCAUCGACCACCUGGCCAGCCUGGCACGGCUGCUGGAGAGCAGGAAGUACAUCCUGGUGGUGCCCCUCAUCGUGAUCAACGAGCUGGAUGGCCUGGCCAAGGGCCAAGAGACAGACCAUCGGGCUGGCGGCUACGCCCGAGUGGUCCAGGAGAAGGCCCGCAAGUCCAUCGAGUUCCUCGAGAGGCGAUUUGAGAGCCGGGACUCCUGCCUCCGCGCCCUCACCAGCCGUGGCAACGAACUGGAAUCCAUCGCCUUCCGAAGCGAGGACAUCACCGGCCAACAGGGAAAUAACGAUGACUUGAUCCUCUCCUGCUGCCUUCACUACUGUAAAGACAAGGCCAAGGACUUCAUGCCCCCCAACAAAGAUGAGCCCAUCCGGCUUCUUCGGGAGGUGGUGCUGCUGACCGACGACCGGAACCUGCGGGUGAAGGCGCUCACCAGAAACGUGCCAGUCCGGGACAUCUCGGCCUUCCUCAAGUGGGCGCAGGUGGGGUGAGAAGCGCACAGCGGGCAGCGCCCCCGAUGGAACCGUUCUCAUGAGGCCGACGGCGACACGCGUGGCCUGGGAGGAGCCCAAGCGCCCUCGCCACCCACCCCACCCAGACAAUAAACCAUCCUCUUCCAACCCAGCGCCGUGGCCGUGCUGUGGGGGAGCCACUCCCGAGGGGCCGAGCCCAAAGCCAGGACCCUCCUGAGGCAGCAGAGAUUUAGCAGGGAGGCUGGCUGGCGUCACCGAGCUGGGGCUUCCCCUCCCCCUCCCCCGGGAACGUGGGUGCUCCCGUGGGCCAGUUGUUCCGGGUUUGAGCUAGAUGCAGGUAAACCGGGGUCCGAGGGCCAGCCGUCUGCUGGGUGUGCCCCAUGAGAAAGGGCCGGGCAGGGCGCCUCCUCCGACCCGCCUCCCCGGCAGCCCUGCUCGUCUUUCCCCCAGUUCUUGGGCUCAGCCUGGACUGGCAGUCCGCUGGCCCGACCCUCUGCUGGGGCCUUUGCCCUUCCCCGUGUCCGAGGCCCAGGAGCCCGGCCCCUCCCCUCCCCUCCCCCGCCCUGCCCUCCCCAGCAGUUGCCUUGUUUCCCCCUCGCUUCACUUCCUACCCCCCCCCUUCCAUCACUGGCACCGGCGGGAACCUCGGAUUGUGGGGCAGCGAAAGGGGCACCCGCAGGCAUUCUGAAGUGGGGGAGCGGCCGGAGAGACCGUUAACUAGCCGGUGUGGGGUGGGGAGGGACCAGGCUGGGCGCUCAGUCAUUGUCCGGCCGCCCAGGGUGCUGCCUGGAACAGCGCAGGGCUCGGGAUCAUCCCGGGUGGGGGAAGGGCGGGUAGGACAGCCGGCAAGUGGGCCCCUCCCCCGCCCUUGGAGCUGAAGCGAGACCUGGAAGAUGGGGAACCGAGCCUCCCCUCUCCAGCCUGGUUUGCGACGCCGGUUUGGUUGUUUUCUUAAUAAAUUUUUAGUUAUGAGACA